AUUGAGUCUCCACGACCAGGGGAUGGGUAUAAAACGGCGCAUCUGCCCUUGACGGGAUACUCAUCCACAACUCCAACCCGGCACUCACAAUCAAAAUGGUUUCCUUCUCUGCCAUCUUUCUCGCCCUCUCUGCUGCUCUCGGAGCACUCGCUGCUCCAGCUGACCAGGUCGCCGAGCGAUCUGUCGGCGAGACUUCCCUUCUCGAACGCUCCACUCCUAGCUCCACCGGCUACCACAACGGCUACUACUAUUCUUUCUGGACGGAUGGCGGCGGCGAUGUUACCUACACCAACGGCAAUGCAGGAUCCUACUCCGUACAGUGGUCCAAUGUCGGCAACUUUGUCGGCGGAAAAGGAUGGAACCCUGGAAGCACCAGAACCAUCAGCUACAGCGGUAGCUUCAACCCCAGUGGUAACGGCUACCUCGCGGUCUAUGGCUGGACUCAGAACCCCCUGAUUGAGUACUACAUCGUCGAGUCCUAUGGCAACUACAACCCCGGCAGUGGUGGCACUCACCGCGGAACUGUGUACUCGGACGGCGCGACGUACGACAUCUAUACCUCUCAGCGCGUCAACGCGCCUUCGAUUGAGGGAACCAGGACCUUCACCCAGUUCUGGUCUGUCCGCCAGUCGAAGCGCACUUCGGGCAGCGUUACCACCGGAAAUCACUUCAAUGCCUGGGCCAGAUUUGGCAUGAGUCUGGGUACACACAACUAUCAGAUUGUGGCCACUGAAGGUUACCAGAGCAGUGGAUCUGCUUCCAUCACUGUCUACUAGGCCCUUUCCCGCCUGUAGCUAGCUACCUUGCUAGCUGCUGUUAUUGUUGUUGUUGUUGUUGU